AUGAUCUUAAAGGUAGCUUUGUAUGUACUUGGAUUUGGAGCAAGUCAAGCUCUUGCUCAAGACUUGGCGGCUUCCCCUGAACAAAUUUGGAGCCAACAACUCUUUGGGGCCACAGGCGGAAACGCCCAAGCUUACAGCGGAAACGGGUUGUUUCUCACCCCCGAUGGAUCCGAGGUCGUUGCAAUUGCGAACGGCGGAAAGGUAGCAUCUUAUCGCUCCAGUGAUGGAGAGCCACUGUGGAACCACAACCCGCCGGGCGAUGAUGGAAGUGCCAGUUUCAGGGUUGAGACUUUGAGCGGGAUUACCUUCUCCACGGGAAACUCAGAAAGCAGUUUCAUGGUGUACUCUGUGACGUACAAGGACGAGGACAGUGCUGGCAAUGAUUACACCGUUGUUGUCAAGCGUGACAUGGCAGGGGAUCUGCUUUCCGUAUCCCCUAGUUUGCAGGGAGAACAUUCGGGAAGUCCAGUUGUUUCAGAUGAUGGAAACUACGUCUUCUUGACCCACAACUCUCCCGACAAAACAACAGGGUACUUCACCAUUCUUAGUGAGGCUCUCGGACUUGUCGUCACAAGAUCCAAUGCGGGAGCAUUUGCACCACCAGGAAUCUACCAUAGCCCAGAGGAGGGCUUUUACGAUCCUAUUCCAGGAACUGCAGAUGGAUUUUUGAACACCAAUGAUUUAAUCAUGUGGUCUUUGACUCCAGAAGCCCCGAAUGUCUCUGUACCUGCUGGUCGCAUUUUUGGCUUCCAAUUUGCUACAGACUUCGACAUUGCAGCUGUCGACACUCUCAACUACUUCAAUCUGGGAACGGAUCGUGCAUUCCAGACUAUUACACCACCUGUCAUCACGAACAAAGGACGCAGUGCCUAUUGGAGUACUUCCCGAAGUGAGUACUUUUGCUUCAUCGGAAACCCAGAGGUGGACCGAGCUCGAUUCAACCGAAACCCAAACCUUCGGUUACAGUUCGAGAAUAACGCGCAAUGGAACGGACAACCCAUUUUCUCCACUCCCGCUGUAUCCACGGAAACAGAUGGUAGUGCUGUUGUUUUCGGUGGAAGUGCAUCAAAUGAAUUCUUUCGUUUCACCCACUUCUUCAAUGGCACUGAUGGCGAGGCAUCAAAAAUUGUGAUUGAGACAACUCCAGUCACAACUGCGACAUCUACUCUCAUUGUGACACCGCCCAUUAUUGAUCCACUUGGAAGGGCCGUCUACUACGUCGAAAGCGACGGUACGUUGCAUCAGGCCAAUUACGAUACCAUAGAGGAUAUUUGGACCGAAACCAUCCCUGACGGGGUUCAAGGUGAAAUGGCAAUGAAUGCAGAUGGUUCGAUUCUCUAUGUCAUGAGUGUUGAGGGCAGAAUCUUGGCACUUGGUGUGGCGGAAGAGGACACCUCAGAGGCUCCAACAGGUGCUCCUGUGCCAACUGUACCACCAGUCACAUCUGCACCUUCUAUUCCUCCUGUUGCCCAGCCAUCCGGUAGUGAACCAUCUAGGAGCCCCGUUGCGGCACCCACAACAGGUGAUACAUCUAUUGACGAGACGGGUGAAAGUGGUGCUUUCACAAAGUCCAUGCAACUUGCUGUCGUUUCUCUUUUGUUCUCCUUCCUUUUGUAA